AUGCCCGACCAGCCCAAGUCCUUGCCCAUACGAGGCGACAGACGUGGUAAUGGUCGAACUCCUGCACAAACCAACGAGGGUUCAGUGAGCCAUAACCAGGGUUCCGAAGAGGCACGCCUUGAUGCUCCUCGAUCUACGCCACGGGUCGACCCCCAACGGGUGCAAUCGCGACGCGCCGUUGACGAUCGACGUCAAAACUCCGCAAUUGCGGCCAAUCCAAUAUUUCCUCGAGAGGGAAUUCCACGGAGCUAUCAAAUUGCUCCUGGUCAAGAACAACAGAACUCUCGGGUUUCCGCAUCAGGGGCGUUGAUGUUUAACAGCACUCUAGACUUGACGCUUCGGGCUUUCGCAAAUAUUCCUCGGGGUGAUUACGGAAAUGUGGCGGCAUAUCUUCGUGCGAAUCCCUCAAUUAUCAGGGCAAAUCCUCAGGAUCUUCGGAGGGAAGCCAUUCAUGCGUAUCAGUAUGCCAGCCGCGGCUCCGAGAUCCAAUAUAGCGGCAAGAUGAUGUACGGUGAUAGUUGCAUCCAGCAAUAUCUGAUCCUCAAGCGACUGCAACAAUUGAUACAGAAACUCGUCGAACGACGACAAACAAGAAGAGGUCCGACUGAAGGGCUGGAUGACCUUAUCAAGAGCUAUUUCGACCAGCUGCUUGACAAAACUUCCUCGUCGAGAAAACAGCUUUAUGAAGAAUUCAACGAAGCGUGCGCAAAUGCUAAGAGGUCUGUGCAGUCUACCAAUCCAAAUCCUCACCCAAACGCCCCGCGGGCCCAACCAGCGCAGCCUGGUGCCCACGCCAGGCCACCUCCUAGCCAGGGUCAGCGACAUUCAGUUUCAGGACGGCCCCCACCAGAAAGCCCACUCGUGGACCCUAAUGAGAGUGCUACCGGACUAGACUCCAGGUACAUUGUGAGACCAUCGAGCUAUUACCAAGCGGGGCGCGUGUUUGCCAUUCUCUGGCAUGAACCCUUCAACGACUCUCAGGGCAACACGUACUUGAGCGACAAUGUGAGCACUGGGCUCUAUGGAGAACGCAUUUACAGCUCAAUCCGCAGGAUGGUCGUCGUCCGACAGGACCAUGGUUGCAGUGUUUGUAUCCAAAUAAAUACCUACGGUAAACGAGGAUUGGGGAAGUUCAAAACAUCUCAAAGGGAUAUCGAUGCCCAUUCGAUAAUCCAUAUGGACGACACAACACCCCGUCAGCUGCCAGGUGAGCCCAUGUCGGACAAAAGACCCAUAGCUGUCAGGAAAGCAAGCCCAGAUCAGCAACUGAAUCCGUGGAGCCGUCUCUGCUACUCCCAGCCACACACUGUGCAACAUACAGUGAAAGCCCUGGACGUCGGCUGGGUAGUUAAAGAGAGUUUGCCCUAUCUGCUGUCCUAUUUCCAGAAAGUGAACGCACUCCCUUAG